CUCGCCGUGGCCACUCCGACUAUCGAACCCCGCAAUCGAGGGAGUGAUCGCUGUUCAACGUCCAGAAAUGAAUGGAUCUUCCUUCUUAUUAGUAUAAGAAGACAGAACCCGGGCGUAUUAAAUCCAUAACGGCCCAGAUUGUUUUCCCUCCUGCAAGCCAAGCUUUCUUUUUCGCUUCUCAAUUCAGCCUCCUGGGCCAAGAAAUUCAACAUGAUCUUGAAGCCUCUUCCCCGCGUGUUUUCGUUAUUGUUACUUCUUCCGGUGCGGGCCCUUGCAGCACGGCCAAGUAUAGUUCCUAUAGGCCAAGGGAAAACAAACGCCACAGUGGGUGCCAUCAACAGCCCGCUUGCUAUCACGCCUCCGGUACCUGUUGCAACCGCCACGGCAUCGGGAUAUUUUUUCGCGGCCAAUGCGACGACGUCCUCCGCUCACCCUACCCACACAAGCAAUGCGACCCUACCAGCAUGCAAGUCGGUCCAGUACGCAUUUCCCUCAGGAACGGGUGGUAAUGCAACUCGUGCAGCGGCCGUUAAAGAGGCAUAUCAAUAUGCCUUCAACGCCUAUGUCGAAUAUGCUUGGGGUUACGAUGAGCUGCAGCCAUUAUCCAAGACUGGCACCAACGACUGGUAUGGCUGGGGUGUCACUGUGGUGGAUGGGCUCGAUACUGCCAUUGUCAUGAAUCUGACCGACGAAGUGUCAAAGAUGCUUGGUUGGAUCCAGACGGUCGACUUCACCACAACACCUGAUGGCGACGUUGAAAUGUUUGACAUCACUAUUCGCUACUUAGGCGGUCUACUAUCUAGCUACGACUUGCUCAAAAGUGGCCAGUUCUACAACGGUUAUGAUCCGGACCAGAUCGAGGCUUUGCUAACGCAAGCCAAGACAUUGGCUGACAAGCUGGCUUACGGUUUCCAAACGCCUACGGGCAUAGCAGCCGUGGACGUUGACUUCAGUACGAACACUCCCGUGGAGGGUACCUACACAGCAUCAAAUGGCGUCACCUACAAUUCCACCAACACGGCAUCAGCGGGCUCAUUUUUGCUCGAAUGGUACCGCCUUGCCGCUCUGACAGGAAACGAGACAUACCGCUCACUCGUUGACACUGGAGAGUACUAUCUUGUACACCCGAAUCCGAGCCCUACCUAUCCUGGUCUGGUAGGCACCCAGUUCGAUACCACCGCAGGUGGGAUGUUGAACUUUGCUGGGGGGUGGCACUCCGAAGUAGAUUCGUUCCUGGAGUACCUGAUCAAAUCAUAUCAUUACAAAGCUGAUAAUAUUACCGAAGAGUACGCCGAUUUCUGGCUUAGUGCCGUCAAGAGUACGGAGGCUCACAUCGCGGUGCAUCCUUAUGGAUUUGAUGACCUGACCUUUCUGAGCGCUAUGGACACCAAUGGCGGGUUGACUUAUACCAUGGACGACUACAGCUGUUUUGCAGGUGGCAAUUUCCUUCUUGGCUGCAAGGUCUUGGGCAUGGAGUCCCUUUGUGACCUAGGUAUCGCCGCUGCAGAUGGAUGUCAUCAGACCUACAAUACGACUACUACGGGUCUUGGCCCCCUUUACUGGGGAUGGUACGACAGCGAUAACACGUAUCCUCCGGACCCGACAGUUGACAUAGACAAUGGCUACCGCCGAAAUGGAGCAGCAAAUGGCGAGUUCAUCGUCAAUGGAAAUGAGGUAUAUGCAUCAUUUCCAGAGUCGCUUGAGAGCUGGUUCUACGCCUAUCGCAUUACUGGCGAUCCUCGCUGGGCCGAAUACGGGUGGGACAUGUUUUUGAGUCUUAAUGAGACGGCGCGGAAUAGUGUCGCUUUCGCAACAGUCAAUAAUGUCGGUAUGCCAUGGGGCGAAAGUCAGAGUAAUAGCUUGGAUAGCUUCUUCUUUGCUGAGGUCUUGAAGUAUAUGUAUCUGAUGUUUGCUGAGCCCGACAUUGUGGAUUUGGGGAAGUGGGUAUUCAAUACUGAGUGCCAUCCAAUUCAGGUACAAUGCAAAGCAUGAAAUGUCAGGCAAGUUUAUAAUAAUCUAACGUUAUUUAUUGUCUGGAACGCUUUGAAUUGUUCAGAGAAGC